GACGUGAGCUCUUUGUCGAUGGAGCCGCCUUCCCCGGAGCCACCGGCAGCGCAUCCUCCGAGCAUGCGGUGCCCCCCGCUCCGCCGCCCUCCCUCCCGCUCCGCCGCCGCUCUAGAGCCCCGCGGGGCCAUGGGCAGCGCUGCCCGCUGAGCCAGGCACGGGGAUGGGGCGGCGGGCGGCGGGCGGCGGCCGGAGCGGGGCGGCCGCGCUGCUGCUGGCCGCGAUGAUCGCCCUGCUGCCCGGCGCACAGGCGGGUAUCGGGCAACAGCGUGUCAACGUUGCUCCUUCCACGGGAUCUUUUCCUAAUUGGAGAUCUAUACUGUCACCAACACGGCCUUCCACAGGAACUAAGACUUCCUCAAUAGCUGAUAUUUCCAUGGGACAGUCUUUGGAGAAUGCAAACUUGCUUCAGAUGAUAAAAACAACACUGACUGGCACACGUACCAGGACUUUGGAUCAAACACAUCUGUUGCCCAGCCUUUAUCAAGGCAGUGGAAAUAGUGCAUCCCAGGAACCUGCUGAAGUUUCAGCUGAGUCUCCUCUGAGAUCAUCGUCUCAAGAUGCAGAUGAAACAGCUGCUGUAUCAGGUUUGCCUCAGCUUGUGUUAUCUGGAGUAUCUUCUGGUGCAAUACCUACACUAGGAGCUUCAGAAGCAAAACCACUAACAAGAAAAUCAUCUCCAGCUUCACCAGUGCCAGCUUCUUCCUUCUUUUCUCUAGGCACUGAAAACACACCUUUGCCAUCUGUGAUGGCUUUAAGCACACCAAAACUAACAAAAAAUUACACUGCCACCAAAUCAGCAUUGGAUCUGAACUCAGUAGAAAUACACACAGAUUUUCCUUUUGCAACAAGAAGCACAACUGUGGACAGGACAGCUACGGUUGUAGCCCCUAAAAGCAGCACAGUCACAGCUUUUACACUUGCACCCACAGCACAUGUACCAAGGCAGAUAGAAACAACAGUAACUGAUACUCAGAAAUUCCCAAGCUCAGAAAUCACCAAAACAUCAACCACGUAUCCACUGACAAUUACAGCAGCUUUGACAUCUAUUACAGCAUCAGCGAAAACAACUAGGCUUCCCCCUACUCCAGUGGAAAACACCUCUGCUCCUUCUGAAACCACAGCAGCAGCCGCUUUCGCUAACAUGACAGCAGCUCCUCCCUUGGAUUGCCGGCUCUCCAGGAACCUUAUGGUUAAAACGGUUCUCUUUUUGAAUACAAGGAGGAUGCUGCUCAGCAAUUCCUUCAAGGAAGGCGUGAGAAGAGGACUCAACCAAGUGCUGAGACAAGCUUUCAACCAGAACGUCAGUGCUCAGAUUGAAAUCCUGGAGCAAUCAAAUAAUCUAACAGUCGGUUAUUACGUUACACGAGGAAGACUGGUUUUUAUGCCAGCUGCUGUAAUUGAAAGGCUUCUUGCAUAUGGCAUCAGCAAUGCCACAGCAGACAUAAAGCAGCAUGUACCACAUCUCCAAUCUGUGGCAGCCCUGGCCUUGCCAUGGAAGCCCCUUCCCGCAUACCACUUCCAGCUGAAAACAGAGCUGCAGUUUGUGGGUCAAACAGACAAUAUACAGUCGUGCAAAUUUGUUCAGACCAUGGAGCAACGGUUACAGAGAGCAUUUCAGGAUGCUGAAAGAAAGGUCUUAAACACCAGCAACAACUUAACAGUUCAGAUUUUAAACACCUCCAAUGUCUCCCAAGCUGUCACUCUGUUUUAUGUAGUGAACAAUCAAAGCACAACUUUAAAUGGCACUAUUUCCAGCAACCUUCUUAAUCAGCUGUCUGCUGAGCUGGUGGGUUUCUAUCUAACCUACCCGCCUCUCACCAUUGCAGAAUCUUUGGAGUAUCCAAACCUUGACGUCUCAGAAUCAACUAGAGACUACUGGGUGAUAACAGUUAUUCAAGGGGUUGAUAUUGCAUUACUGGGAUUGAACAAUCAGAGCUUUGCAAGAUUAAUGGAGCAGCGAUUGGCCCCACUGUUUAUGAUGUCCCACCAGCAAGGAAGACGAUUCAAGCGUGCCACUACUGUGGGCAGCUACACUGUGCAGAUGGUAAAAAUCCAACGCAUUCCAGGACCUAAGGAGCCGGCGGAACUCACAUACUAUACUUUAUACAACGGGAAGCCUUUGUUGGGCACUGCAGCUGCCAAAAUUUUGAGUACCGUUGACUCCCAGCGGAUGGCCUUGACACUAGGUUACGUUAUUCAAGUUCAAGCUGAUCCUGUGGUGAAGAACCCCCCGAACAACCUGUGGAUCAUAGCAGCAGUGCUGGCCCCCAUUGCUGUGGUUACGGUUAUCAUCAUCAUCAUCACAGCAGUUCUGUGCAGAAAGAACAAGAAUGACUUCAAACCAGACACCAUGAUGAACAUGCCUCAGAGAGCUAAACCAGUACAAGGUUUUGACUAUGCCAAGCAACACUUAGGUCAGCAGGGAGCUGAAGAUGAAGUUUUACCUGUAACUCAGGAGACUGUCGUGCUUCCACUUCCAGUUAGAGAUGCCCCUGCCUCCCAGGAGAGAGAAAUUACUCAGGAUGGGAGCACCAUCAAAACUGCCCAAUCCAAUGAAACAAGGAAAAGCCGGUCCCCGAGUCAGAACGGCUCCAUCAUCAGCAAUGGGUCGGGAAAGCCCAGCUCCAGCCGGAGCUCCCUCCAGAAAGUAAUGGCACCGCAAAAAGUGACAAAAGAUGAAGCAAGGAAAAGAAAUGUGCCCAUAAGUGAUGAAGAGGAAGGAGGCAUUCUCUUUGAUAACAUUGCCAAAUCUGCCAUUGACCCCUUCGACACCUCUUCUGGAUCAGUACAGCUGAUAGCUAUAAAGCCCGUCGCGCUGCCUGCUGUUCAUGCUGCAUCAGAUCGGAGCCAGGAAUCUGCUAUCAUCAAUGGAGAGGUGAACAAGGCUUUGAAGCAGAAGUCCGAUAUAGAACAUUACCGCAACAAGCUGCGCUUGAAAGCCAAGAGGAAGGGGUACUAUGAUUUCCCACAGGUUGAUAACAACAAGGGUCUGACAGAGAGAAAAAGGAUGUAUGAAAAAAACCAGAAAGAACUCGACCACAUUUUGGAUCCAGAUGCAGAUGUCUCGUCUCCAUUUGCUGAGCCUAAGAGCAGACAACCGAUGAAGAGCUCUGUAUACAGAAGUAGGCAGUCUUUGAACAGUCCUAGCCCAGGAGAAACUGAGAUGGAUCUUCUAGUGACUCGAGAAAGACCUAGACGUGGAAUCCGUAACAGUGGAUAUGAUACUGAGCCUGAAAUUAUAGAAGAAACAAAUGUUGACCGUGUCAACGAGCCUCGGAGUUACGUCAGGUCCCGUCAGGCCAAAGGCCACUCGGAGACCUCAACUUUAAGUUCUCAGCCCUCCAUUGAUGAGGUUCGACAGCAGAUGCAUAUGCUCUUGGAAGAGGCUUUCAGCCUGGCCUCUGCGGGCCAUGGAGGACAGAGCAGGCAGGAGGCGUACAGCUCAGCACCGCACUUGCCCUACUCGGAGGUUGUGACCAGUGCUCCUGGUACCAUGACCCGAUCUAGAGGGGGGGUACAGUGGGUACCCACAUACAGACCAGAAAUGUAUCAGUACAGUUUACCAAGACCAGCUUACAGAUUUUCUCAGCUUCCUGAGAUGGUAAUGGGUUCUCCUCCUCCUCCUGUCCCUCCCAGAACAGGUCCUGUGGCUGUUGCCUCUCUCAGGAGGUCUACAUCAGAUAUUGGCAGCAAAGUGAGAAUACCUGAGUCCAGUGGGGCAGAUCAGGCUCAACAUCAUGACCAGACAUCUUUUGCACCUGGUUCGAGAGCGCCGAUGUCUGUUGGCCCACUUGAUCAGUCAGCUUUUCACUCAGGAAAUACCGUACCAGCAGUGUUUGCCAUACCAGCAGCAAACCGACCUGGCUUUACAGGCUAUUUUAUCCCAACACCACCAACUGCAUACAGGAACCAAGCCUGGAUGCCCUAUGCUGGAGAGAAUGAAUUACCAGGGCAGUGGGCAGACUCAGUACCACUACCUGGAUACAUCGAGGCUUAUCCCAGGCCCCGCUACCAACAUAAUUCUCCUUCGCGACUUCCUCGCCAGUACAGCCAGCAAGCAAGCAUGCACCCCAGCCUGGAACAAGCUCCUUUGCCAUCCACUGCAGCUUCUCAGCAGAGCCUAACAGAAAAUGACCCAUCUGAUGCUCCUCUCACCAAUAUUUCUACAGCUGCCCUCGUAAAGGCAAUAAGAGAAGAAGUUGCUAAACUGGCCAAGAAGCAAACAGAUAUGUUUGAAUUUCAGGUCUAAUACCUUUCGUGCAUAGUGCUUGUUGUAUGAUGCAACCUGGGGUAGCCAAGAAAACAACUCUUUUAGUUUCCGGUUACAAACUUGAUGUGAGUUGUGCCAAAGUGAUGGCGUUUUUCUGUCUGAAAAGUCAACACUAUGAAAUGGCUUAAAAUGGAGCAACAGGACUGAAGACAUGUAAUUCUGCUUGCCAGCUAAGGAAAUUCUGCUGGGUAACUGUUUAAUACAGAUAAGAUUGAUCAUAUGCAAUUGUUUGUCACUUGGCUCUUGUACUAUGACCCAUCAUCACCAGAGAUGCUGCUGAACGUGUCUGUGCACCAUGAUGUUUCAUUUGCAGGCCCAGAGGUAGAACUGCUGAAAGUAACAUCUGCAUGUCAAAACUUUGAUUAAAGAAGAAAAUACAGUAGAACAUGGUUAGCUGAAGGCCACAGUAGGUGGGGCAGUGGCUGUGAUAAUUGUUUCCUGCAAGACAUUGUAUAAGGGAUGCUGAUUUCAGCAAUGCAGAGUCAUUCAACCUUUUCAUUAUAGAGACUGUAUUCAAACCGAAAGAAUUUGAGAUGAGUAAGUAAUACAAAUAAAUGUCCUGUAAAUAGCCCCAGUUCUCCUCAUCCUAUCAACAGUACAAAGAAAUGAAAGAAGAGAAGACUGUGAAGAAGGUGAAUGAUAGAAGUGAUGAUAUUUUGAUAAGCAGUGGCUACCUUGUCCCUUAUGAGUUAUAAAGGAGGAUUUUUUUGGUGUGAGAGAAUACAGUGCACAGAAAUCCAACAAAGGAUAUCGGUGCUAGAAGCUUCCAGAAGAAAUGAAAAAGGGUUAUUCACGUUUGCUUUAUAUUCGGGCUUUUCAUUCUGAAUGCAUGUGAAGCUGGUAAACCUGAGACCUUUGAGCAAGUCUUUCCAACCUGGAAUAAUGAAUAUACCUGCUUGGACAAGAAAACCUCUGUUUUACACAGUACUUUUUUUCUCUUUCUUUAACAAUGAUAUCUACUCAAGUGAUGCCAGAAAGUGCUACCCGAAGCUGCAGCUGAUUUUGAUUACACUGGAACAGUGAAUGCACACCCAGGAAGUUCUGAAUGUAGAGGACCUGAUUAUUAACAUGUAAAUAAGUAAACGGUUACAUGAAUUAACAAAAAUAAUAAUGGUCUGUGAAACAUUUCCAGAAAUUAUGCUGACUUAAUAUUGUGCAAGAUAAAGGUCACUACUCAUUAAACUGCAUUGUUGUAUGAGUUCAAUCCGAAAAAGAAAUCGGACUAGUUCAAUGGGACAAUAGUUCAUCUGUUGCAGUUGUACAAAACAAUUGGAGAUCAUGAACACUUGCUUUCAGUUCCUUUGGCAACCAGCUUCAGGAACUGAAGUUGUCGCAAAAUUUCUUGUGUUGGGCAUGUUUGAUGUCAACUGGAGUUAAUGUCCUUCAUUUGAGUAAGUUAUUUAGUUACCCUUAAUUGCUUAUGCUCUUUUUUCUGAUCAUUUCAUUUCCCCGAGUUUCUUUGGUCUUUACUGAGGUGAGAAAGGGAACUUGGUUUAGCUUUUUGGCCACCAAUAAAAUAAGAAGAGUAGGAGAGAGGAAACUAGAGUAGGGGAUAGAAGAAGAAAUUGAUGAAGCACAAACUUUUAAAGCAGAGCUAUUUUUUCCCAAAUAAUUAUAUUAUAAUCCCUGUUUGAGACUGUGAUACCUAGUUAUCCUAGAAUAUGCAGAUAUCUUCUGCUCUAACAUCUUAAAUAUUGCAGAAGCUUUUGGAAUGCUAGCUAGUCUUUAAACAAAUGUGAAAUUUCAUUUUUUUUAUUUAAAAGUUAAAUAUAAAUAAAAUGUAUUUUUGUAAUUUCUAUGUAUAUAUGUGCUGUAUAUUUAUAUGUGACUACUCUGCUAUAGUCAGAAAAUUUCCAUAAACCACGUGCAAAGAAAAAAAAAACCAAACCAAAAAACCCCCCAACCUAGUAAUUUUAAUGAUCAGUAUAAACAUGCUAUGUCUGGAGUACACAAAUACACAUUUGGGUAACUUGGAUACUAAACAACCAAAGAAACUCAAUCUUUCAUAUAAAUAUAAAUCUAAAGACAGACUGCUGUCUCAGUUACUUGCCAGCUAACUAAUACUGGUCUUAUCAGUGUAAUACAACAUCCAAAUGUCUUUUUGACUUGAAUUAAUAGCUGCCUAAGAAUAUCACACUUAAAAGAACCAACUUAAAAAUACUGGGCCAAAUUCAGUGUGACAUAAAAAGACUAAUUCUGGUUUCAGUGGGAACUUUACUUGGUGACAGCAAGGCUGAGUUUCUUCUCUACUGUUUUGUCUAUACGUGCAAGUUUCACUAGAAUCACAACAUUCUGCUUAUUUUUCAAGCAUUUAACCAUUUUGCAGAGUUAUCCUAAAGCUGCAAGUAUGGAAGCAGCAGCAGUAGUCACGUGUAUGGGAUUGCUAAAGCCAUAUAGCUGGGAAGGGUGAUGUUAUGAUAUACUCCUGAAAAGGUCGCAGGAAGUAGGAUGUACUGGAUUUAAACAGCAUCUUUGGGACACUUUAGCUCUGUUUCUAAUCUGUGCCCAGUCCUAAAUUAGAACAAUUUAGUAGUUCUACUGAUAAAUAUGUGAGGGUAAAGCUUCAUAAAUCUUAUAUGAUGACACAUAUAUCUUGCCAUACUGGAAAUUAAAAGUAGAUGUACUGGGUUUGAAUGCCUAUGUGCAAAUAAAAUGAACAAAUAGAAAAACCUCAAAUAUAAAUAUCUGAAUAACCUUCUAGAAAGAAAAAACAUUUCAGUAAAGUUAAACAAAGUACUCUUCAAUACUACUGGGGAAGACCUGUUGGAUUUAAAAAUUAAUUUUGUUUGGUAUUCAUGAUGUGCAGUCUAUUGAAUAUUCCUUCAGCCAUCACUCUGAAACCAUUGUGGUGCACUUUAUUCACAAAGAUAUUUUACAUUCUUCAUUCAUAAUGGCUUUUUAUCAUGUUUGUAAUGUUUCUGCAUUUUUUUUUAAGUACAAAGUAAGAUUGUAUCAAGACAGUAAGGACAUUCCUGGGAAAGAAAAAUCAAGCUGUAAUAUUUAUACUGUCUGAGCACAAAGCAAUGAUAAAGUGAAAAUAUAGUUUACAAAUUAUUUGUAAUAUAAUAAACAUUUUGUAUGGCUACAAUUACAAUAUAGUUUUUCAAUAUUGAUUUCAAAGGAAGUAUAUGUAUGUUUAAAGUUAUAACCUCAUAAAAAUAUAUUCAUGCCAUUUUUUCUGAUAAAGACUUAGUCAUUAAGGUUUUUCUACUAAAUGUCCCAAUUUUCUUUAAAAUCAUGUUGAAUGUCUAGGUGAAAACAUUGUUUUCUGUGUGCAAAAAUGUUGAUAUUCUGACGACUAUUUGUUUUCAGACUUGUAUAUCAUCAGUAGAAACAUCUGCAAAUGAAGUGCAUGUAAAAUCACUUCUAAGUAUGUGUGUGAUGACAACACUCAGUAGGAAGCCUUUCCUGUAACAGAUUCUUCACUUUUCUACAGAGAUGUAAUAUCAAUAAAUUGUCUCACUUCCCAUGCAACAGAUAUCAAUUCUGAUGAAAUGGACUUUUCUUAUGUCUUUGGACUAUGGUAAGGACCACUCUGCAUGAUUACAGAUAUCCGUGUUACCUUUGUUGCUCACAGCUUGAAUCAACUAAAUAGUAAUGGCUGUGUCUGUGAAAAUUGCUCAGAAUUUGGUUUGGCUGUAAAUGGGAAAAUUAGUUUUCUGAAGCCAGUCAGAGCUGCAAAAUUUAGAGUGAUCUGUAAAUCCAAGUGUAGGGAUUAAACAGAAAGUGGAGGAAAAGUAUUAAUUAAAAUUUUAGUAUGCAAUCCGAAAGGAAAUCUCCAAGAACUGGUUCCUUUUGCAAUUAGAGAUGUAAAACCAUACUAUUGGUAGAAGUUUACAUAUUACUGGAAAGAAGGCAUUUAUAGUGUUCUGAGUCAUUACCAAAUGACUGUGUUUUUACUCUGAACCGUAGGGUAAUUCUAGAAAUGAAGCUUACAAGUGCAUAGAAUAGUUUCUUUCAUGUUAGUGGCUAUAGCUUAGUUGUACAUGUUUUUUCUUGGCAAUUUUGCACAUUAAAUAAAGUAUGUCUUAAAAUG